AUGGGUGGCCUGCACUGGCGGAAGAAGGGCGGCGGAAAGGACGCGGGGGGGUCGAGCGCGCGCAAGCAGGUGGUGCUGACGGCGGCGCAACUGACGGAACUGGAGAGUUACAUUCAGGACAUGGAGGCGAAAUGCGCGCAGUUCCAGGUGAAUACAAUACCUGCGCAGUUUCAGGUAAGUUGUUCUUGUGCUUGUGGGCACAUCAACGAGUUCGCGUACCAACUGACGGAGCUGGAGAGAUACAUUCAGGACAUGGAGGCCAACCAUCUCAUCUGUGGCCCCCUCUCUUCCCAUAAUUUCUCUCUUUCCCCAUAUCUCUCUCUCGCCCUUGGCUAUUCAGCAGUUAGACUCCCGCUUCUCCACUGCCUUCCUCUCCCCCCCAAGGCGGUGGUGGCGCACAAGGCACUGGCGGAGGCGGCCAUAAGGGGGCAGCUUGAGGCGCAGCUGAUUCUGAGCGUCUUAACUCUCCUCCUCCCUUCCACCCCCACCCCAUCCGCUAAUCCCGCCUUCCCUCGUUCCCAGACGGUGGUGGCGCACAAGGCAGCAGCGGAAGCAGCCAUGAGGGGGGAGCUACAGGGACUGGCGGCGGGGGUGGAGGGGGAGCGGGCCGCCCGAGAAUCGGCUCUGGAUGCUCUCAUGACGGACUUUGAAAGCAGAGUGUGCGUGGGAGGGGAGGGGGGGUUUGUAGGACGAGUUUCUCUCGAAAUGACUCCGGUUGCUCUGGUGGCGGACUUUGAGAGCAGAGUGUGCGUGGGAAGGGGAGGGGGAGAGGAUGAGAGAGAGAGUCUGCCCGCCUCCCUCCACCCUCAUCUGCCCGCUCGCCCCUCGCCACAAUCACCUCCUCAGCUGCAGCCGCCCCCACCGAACCAGACUCCGUCUGCACGCCUCCCACCACCCUCAUCAGCCCGUUCUUCCCUCCCCACCAUCACCUCCUCUGCUGCAGCUGCCCCCACCGAACCAGACUCCAUCUCACAGCCCUCCACACUCGCUCCACCCUCUCUCCCCUCCUCUCUCACCUCCUCUCUCCGCUCCUCAGUCCGCCCCGCCCUCCCCUCCUCACUCUCCACCUCGCUCACCACCUUCGUGAGCAGCAGCAGUGAGAUAGAGGCCUUUGCUCAACGAGCUAGAGCCGCUGCUCUGGCUGCUGCUUCCGCCGCUGCUGGCAGGGGUGGUGCCGGUGCUGCUGCUGGUGCUGCUGGUGGGGCGACUUUCGCUGCUCUGCCUGGUGUCAGUGCUGGUGGUGGUGAUUUUCCAGGAAUGGCGGAGGCAGGAGGCAUGAUGGCUUACCCUGGAGGGCCGCACACUUCCCUGUACGACUACAUGGAGCUCCAGCGACAGCUGGCAGAGGAGCAGCAGAAGAACCUUGUGGUGCAGCAGCUGGCAGCGGAGAAGGCAUGGAUGGAGGCGGCGCUGAUGAGGUUCCUGCAGAUGAAGCGGCAGCACGAGGAGGAGGUGGCUCAGCUCCUGGCCAAGCACGAGGAGGAGGUGGCUCAGCUCAUGGCCAAGGUGAGCCGUGGUGGCCCUGUGGGAUGUGGUAGUGCGGCAUGUGUUCGUGUGGCAUGUGGCUAA